AUGGCCGAAGUAAAUAAUAAGAGAAGUCAUUCUGACUUCGCUGAAAAUAAUGGCGAUGAUAGCUCCUCAGACGAUGAUAUGGGACCCCAGUUACCCUCUACAGCAAGUGCACCCAAGAAGAAACGACGCGUUCUACCACACGAAAAGCUCUAUAUCGAAGCGCUACCUAAGUCGGCACGCUACUCGAAAUCUCUCAUGCACAAGGAGCAGUUGGCUUUUUUGAACGUCACGCGAUCUGAUUUUCUCAUUACAACAUCUGUGGACGGAGUAGUCAAGUUUUGGAAGAAAGUUGAGCAAGGAAUUGAGUUUAUUAAAGAGUUUAAGGCUCACCAGGGCGAAGUACGAUCGGUAUCAGUUAGCCAUGAUGGGCGGAGCUUUGCGACAGUCGGCAUCGACAAAACCGUCAAGAUUUUUGAUGUUAUCACUUUCGACCUUCUCGCCAUGCUUCCUCUAGACUACGUCCCCAAGUGCGUCUGUUGGGUACAUAAACUCGGCGCUUCGUUACCGCUCCUAGCUGUCUCGGACGACUCAAAACCGUUGAUUUACAUAUAUGACGGGCGUGGAGAAAACCAAACACCGAUACACACUAUCAAGGGCCUACAUAGGAGUCCCGUAUCGAUAAUGGCCUUCAAUGACGCCUACGACUGUGUAGUAUCUGCCGACGACAAUGGAAUGCUUGAGUACUGGUCGCCAAGCGCCAACUACGAAAAGCCGGAAAAUGUGUUCCAAUACAAGAGCUCUACCAAUCUCUUUGAUUUCAAGAAAUCGAAGUCGACGCCGGUCUCCUUAACAAUAUCACCCUCAGGUCAUCAAUUUGUAACAUUCUCCCUACCUGAUCGUAAGAUCCGAGUUUUCGAAUUUGCGUCGGCUAAGUUGUAUCGGACUUAUGACGAAUCUCUUCAGGUCAUUGAAGAGAUGCAACGAGCAGGAACAUCCAUGCAAAAGCUAGAUGAUGUCGACUUCGGAAGAAGGCUCGCUGCGGAGCGGGAGAUUGAAACCCCUUUACUUCGAAAUAAGGUCAAUGUUAUUUUCGACGAAUCGGGCCACUUCAUCUUAUAUGGCUCCAUCCUCGGCGUCAAGGUGUUGAACACAUAUACUAACCAAGUUGUGAAAGUGUAUGGGAAAGAUGAACAUAUACGCCCAAUCAACCUUGCUAUAUACCAAGGGCAACCUCAGAAGAAAGGUGUUACAACUGUAGAAAUGGCUGCUUCAAACAAUCCCCUAUUGCAAGAAUCGGAGGCGAGAGACCCAAUACUCUUCACAACGGCUGUAGGAAAGGUUCGCUUUUAUAUGUUUACGAACGAUGAAGAAAUAUCCAGAUCAGAAAGAGAUGUUCAAAACGAGAAGCCAACUAUAAUAAACCCUAAGCAAGCCGCCCAGAAAAAGGCCGGUGAGACUGGCACAUCAGCUAUUCUUCAUACAACAUAUGGAGAUAUUCAUAUCCGCCUCUUUCCCGACGCUGCGCCGAAGGCCGUUGAAAACUUUGUAACUCACUCCAAACGCGGAUAUUACAAUAACACCAUCUUCCACAGAGUAAUACGCAAGUUCAUGAUUCAAGGAGGUGAUCCCCUGGGCGAUGGUACAGGUGGUGAAAGCAUAUGGGGGAGGGAAUUUGAGGAUGAGUUCAGUACCCUCAAACACGACAAGCCUUAUACCGUUAGUAUGGCGAAUGCUGGUCCAAAUACCAACGGAAGCCAGUUUUUCAUCACCACAGAAAAGACUCCGUGGCUUGAUAAUAAACAUACGAUAUUUGGGAGGGCGGUGCAGGGAUUAGAUGUGAUCCAUAAGAUAGAGAAUGUACGAACGUAUAAGGAGAAGCCCGAGGAGGAUAUCAAAAUCCUUAAUAUUGAUAUAGCCUAA